AUGGUAAGAAGAGAUAGAGCAGAAAACAACAACAAUUUAAAUAAAGAGCAUAAUGGAGAAGUCUGUAUUCUCGUCAAAUCAAUCCUGAUAUUUGAAGAGUAUAAACCAUUAUAUAACAGCCCGGAAAGUUUAGAAACAGUUGCUGUCACAGUACAUCUCAACAACGAAGAAGAAAUAUUAAUCAGUUCAAUAUACAGAGUUCCUGGAAAAGUUACCACAGCGGAAGAAUGGUACAAAUUCUUUCAAUCAAUUGAUAAAAUCAAAUAUAAAAUAAUUGGUGGAGAUUUUAAUGCACACAAUUUACUAUGGGGAUCAACAAACAACUGUAAAACUGGAGAGAAUCUUUUAGAAAUUAUCGACGAUAAAGACCUUAUAAUUCUUAAUGACGGUUCAAUGACCUACUCCAAAGUAGUUAACAAUAACAUAACUUUUUCUGCUAUAGACUUAACAAUAGUAUCAUCAGACUUAUUUCUCCAAAGUCACUGGAAAAUCCUAGACGAUAAAAUGUACAGUGAUCAUUACCUAAUUGAAAUCGAGAUUAACAAAGACAUAAAAAUAUGCCCUACAGCAUCAAGCCAUAAAAUAAAAACAAAGUCUAUUAACUGGACAAACUUCAACCUACUAGUAGAAGCUAUAGUUGACACUCAAUACCCUAUAGACCAAUUUCAUGAAUUUUCGAAUAAACCGAUAGAUGAAAAAUAUAACAUACUAAUGAAUAUUCUAAUAAGUGCCAUAAACGAACUAAAACCUAAACCAAAAAAGUCACACAACAAAGAAAAAAUAAAUGAAAUAAACAACCCCAGUGAUGACAAUUCUACAAUGAAUAACCAUCCAUGUUAUAAAGUAUACUCCCCUUUAAUAACCGAUAACAGAACCCAAUUUAUUAAGAAUAAACUAAAAGCAUCACAUAUACCUCAAUCAAUAAAACCACCUUGGUGGAAUGAGGAAGCCGAAGAGAUUAAUAACACCAGGAAAAAUCUAGAAAAAAGCCUGAAACAAAAUCCAUCGUUGGAACAACUCAAAGAACUAAAGGACUAUGAAAUAGAAUCAAAAUUCAAACUAAAAGAAAUUAAAUUAAACAGUUUUAAGAAAUAUACAGAAACUAAACUGUCUAGAGAAGCCAACAUAAAUGAAGUCUGGGAAACCAUCCAUAAAUUUAACGAAAAAAAAAAGAAAUAA